AUGCACAGGCUAUGUCUCGGGUGCCAUGGUGCCAGAGGACAGGUGCACUUCCAGCAGCCCGAGCACGCCCUGCAGGCGGCAAAGAGUCGGAAGAACACCUGCUGGGAAGGCGCUCGCAAGGUGGACUUCGAGGUGAGUCGGCUGGAGCACAUGGAAAAGGCUCUGAGGCAAAGAGGACUGGGCCCGAAGCAUCCCGUGUUCGUGCCGGAGCCAAGGCCGAAGCGCUCAGCUUCACAGAAGAAAAAGACGGAGAAGACGGAGAAGACGGACACAGAAAAAGGGGAGAUUUCGGCCAUCGAGCAUUGGCAGCAGAGGCUGAAGCAGGAACGAAGUCCAAAACCAGUGCUUCCGCACACGUGUUCAGUGGAAGCGGACUUUGCCAAAGCUCGCGUGGACGAGGCCUUGAAGAAGAACAAGCUUGCCGAACUCGAGUGUUCCAUCAAAGAGGCAGCCGAAGCGGGAGUGCCCGAGCACGAGCUUUUGGAAGCACGGCAGAGGAUGGAGGCGCAUCAACGCCGCCUAGCAGUGCGAAACGCGGUGUUUGCCUCCCAGCGCGCGCGGAACCGCCUCGCCGAUGCCUGGGAAGCCUUAGAGGCCGACGGCGAGAAGGAGCCCAGUAAACGAAUGGCGUGCCUGGACCAAGCCAUACGGGAAGGCCACGAAGCAUGCCUCCUGUGCGCUAGAGCAGCCCAGAAGGUCGAGGAGUCCCGGCUCCGCGAGGCGGUCGAGGUCUUGCGCCAGAAGUGGCUCCGGCUCGUGCAGCACAGGGUGCAAGAUGCCAUGCGGCGCAGCGAUGCGCCAGCUCUUCGAUUGGCCCUGGCUGAAGCGGAGGCUGUGAGUCACACCAUGCCGGACACGGAACGGGAGGAAUCGGUCGAACCCGCCGAAGAGGAGCUGCAAAGCUCCGUCGGAGAGCGGUCCGGAGCGAAACUGGGCAGGGCUCCAAGCCGCACGUGUCGAGGAGCCCGGAGGCCGACCUGA